CGCGUGUCACCCCGGCAGUGAAACUCGCUUAUUCACACAAGUGAACAACAGCAAACAUACAUAGAGCGUCCUGAUAUCAGAGAUCAGACAUGGGCAAAGGCGGUGGAACAUUUGAGCGACUAUUGGAGAAAGCCACCAGUCAGCUGUUGCUGGAGACCGAUUGGGAGUCCAUUUUGCAGAUCUGUGACCUCAUUCGCCAAGGCGAUACACAGGCAAAAUAUGCAAUUGGUGCCAUCAAGAAAAAACUCAAUGACAAAAAUCCACAUGUGGCGCUUUAUGCUCUCGAGGUCCUGGAGUCAGUGGUGAAGAACUGUGGCCAGACCAUUCAUGAUGAAGUGGCCAGUAAGCAGACGAUGGAGGAGCUGAAAGAGCUGUUCAAGAAACAACCCGAACCUAACGUGAAGAACAAGAUCCUUUAUCUGAUCCAGGCCUGGGCUCACGCCUUCCGAAACGAACCCAAGUACAAAGUUGUCCAGGACACCUAUCAAAUUAUGAAGGUGGAAGGUCACGUCUUCCCAGAAUUCAAGGAGAGCGAUGCCAUGUUUGCAGCAGAGAGGGCCCCUGAUUGGGUGGAUGCAGAGGAGUGUCACAGAUGUAGGGUUCAGUUUGGGGUUAUGACCCGAAAGCACCACUGCAGGGCAUGUGGGCAGAUUUUCUGUGGGAAGUGCUCUUCGAAGUACUCAACCAUUCCCAAGUUCGGUAUUGAGAAGGAGGUGCGAGUGUGUGAGCCCUGCUUCGAGAUUCUCAACAACCACCCUUCCCUCUCUCCCCCUCCUAGAAAAGCGGAAGGGAAGGCAUCCAGCGCUGGGCCGUCGGAACUCCCCCCUGAGUACCUGACCAGCCCUCUGUCCCAGCAGUCUCAGGUAGUGCCCACCGAAUCAAUGCCUCCUAAAAGAGACGAGGCGGCGCUGCAGGAGGAAGAGGAGCUUCAACUGGCCAUUGCUCUGUCCCAGAGUGAGGCCGAGGAGAAGGAGAGGAUGAGACAGAAGAACACUUAUUCUGCCUAUCCCAAAGCAGAUCCCACUCCCGUGACCUCCUCUGCUCCUCCGGUCAGCACUCUCUACUCCUCACCUGUGAACUCAUCAGCUCCAUCGGCUGAAGAAGUGGAUCCAGAGCUGGCCCGUUACCUGAACAGAACUUACUGGGAGAAAAAACAAGAAGAGGUUCGCAAGAGCCCCACCCCCUCUGCUCCUGCUCCUGUUUCAUUGGCUGAGCCUGUACCGGUCAGCCAACCAGUGGAAAGCCACGUUCCAGUCCAGCCAAUCAACAUCGUGGAGCAGCAGUAUCAGAAUGGAGAGUCUGAGGAGAACCAUGAACAGUUCCUGAAGGCCUUGCAGAAUGCAGUCACCACCUUCCUGAACCGCAUGAAGAGCAACCACAUGCGAGGCCGCAGCAUCACCAAUGACAGCGCAGUUCUCUCUCUCUUCCAGUCCAUCAACAACAUGCAUCCACAACUGCUGGAGAUACUCAACCAGCUGGAUGAAAAGAGACUGUACUAUGAGGGACUGCAGGAUAAACUGGCGCAGGUGCGUGAUGCUCGAGCUGCACUGAACGCUCUGAGAGAGGAGCACAGGGAGAAAUUGAGACGAGCAGCCGAGGAGGCAGAGAGACAGAGACAGAUCCAGCUGGCACAGAAACUUGAGAUCAUGAGGCAGAAGAAACAGGAAUACCUGGAGAUGCAGAGGCAGCUGGCCAUCCAGCGCCUGCAGGAGCAGGAGAAGGAGAGACAGAUGCGGCUGGAGCAACAGAAACACACCAUUCAGAUGAGAGCACAGAUGCCGGCCUUCUCUCUGCCUUACGCACAGAUGCAGUCAAUGCCUCCUAAUGUGGCAGGAGGAGUGGUUUAUCCCCCUGCUGGCCCUCCAAGUUAUCCAGGCACAUUCAGUCCUUCUGGUUCGGUGGAAGGGUCACCCAUGCAUGGAGUCUACAUGAACCAGGCCGGUCAGACUGCUGCCGGUGGCCCGUAUCAGGCCAUGCCACCUACAGAUCCCAACAUGGUGAAUGCUUACAUGUAUCAGACUGCGGGCACCAGUGGGCAGCCGCCAGCCCCAGGACAAGCCCCGCCAACAACCACCCCUGCCUACACUAAUUACCAGCCCACACCCACACAAGGCUACCAGAACGUAGUGUCUCAGGCUCAGAGUUUGCCACCAAUGUCCCAGGCCGCCCCGACCAAUGGUAUAGCUUAUAUGGGCUACCAGCCAUACAAUAUGCAGAAUAUGAUGAGCGCUCUUCCUGGACAAGACCCUAACAUGCCUCCCCAACAGCCCUACAUGCCUGGACAACAGCACAUGUACCAGCAGAUGGCUCCUCCUGGUGGUCCUCAGCAGCAGUCGCAGCAGCAGCCUCCUCCUCCUCCUCCUCAAGCUCCUCCGGGCAGUGCAGAGGCUCAGCUCAUUUCAUUUGAUUGAUCGCUCCUCAUAUGCCUUUACACAGCAGGUCCAGCACACUACAUUCAGCCCUCUCUAACACUGACGCUCCACACUGCUCCACAAAUACUGAAGCUGUACAAAAAUUUAAAAAGCAUUUGGCUGUUUAAGUCUACCUUCCCUUUACUGCGUCUGUAAAUGAAGGAGGAGAGGAUACAGAUAGAACUGGGGGGGAACCUUUGAAAACUGGAUGAAACUCUGGAUCAUAUUUGACCCUCAAAACGAAAAGAAAAUGAAGCCUAUUUUGGACCUCUUUGUUUUUUGUUUAUAUAUUUUGGGGAUUAUAUUACUGAUGAAAAAAAAACACAAAAAAUGUUUCCGCUGUAAAGUUGUUAGAACAAUGGUAAUAUGCUUAUAAUGGGUAUAAUGAUGUUCUGGCUUUAUUAUUUGUAAUUUUAGUAUUAAAAAUAAGUGUAAUGUUAAUGGGAUUCACUUUGACAAUUAUUGGUCAUAUAGGUUUGACAGUAUAUAAUAUACUUUUGACUUUAAAUUUAAAAAGUGGGGAAAUGUUGUUGUUGUCAUGAAAAAAAUGCAAAAAUUGGUCCUAAAAAUGGCUUCAUUAAAAAAAAAAAUCAAAUUUCUGUCAUAUAAGACUCAUUCUUUUGGUAAAUCAUAAUUGUGACACAAAAUAACUAAGUCAUAAUUCAGACAUCUCAUAAUUAUGAAUUAGUAUUCUCGUUGUCAAAAAAUAUUUACUAAUCCAUACAAAAUAAUUAUCAAAAUUAUAAAGCAAAAUAUCAUAAAGUGAUCAUCAGCUACUUGCAUCAUUAAUGAUAUUUUAUGUCAUAAUUAUGGCUUUGAAUAUCAACAUUUUGUUAUUUUUAAUUGACAAGUUGUAAUAUUAGUCAAAAUUAAUAAUAACUUAUGAUAAAGAAAAUGCUUGUCAUAAUUGACUCUACAUCAUAAUUUCAGUAUUGUUUCUCAUAAGUCAUGAUUAAUAAUUUUGACUGCUAAUUCUGACUUUGCAUGUCAUAGAUUUGAGUUUGUUGGAAUUGACAUGCUAAAUCAUAACAUAAUAAAAUAAAAAAAAUUCAUCACAAUUGACUUUUGUGCCACGAAAUAAUUAAGUCAUAAUUUAGACAUCUCAUAAUUAUUAGUAUUCUCAUUGUCAAAAAUGUGUACUAAUACAUACAAAAUAAUUAUGAGACUAAAGAAAAAAAUUGCUACACAUCAAAAUUAUAAAGCAAAAUGAUCACAUAGUAAGUAAUCAUCAGCUACUUGCAUCAUAAUUUAUCUUUUAUGUUAUAAUUAUGGCUUUGAAUAUCAACAUUUUGUCAUCUUUAAUUGUCAAGUUGUAAUAUUAGUCGAAUUGUGAUAAUAACAUGAUAAACAAAAUGCUUGUCAUAAAUAACUCUACAUUAUAAUUUCAGUAUUGUUUCUCAUAAGUCAUGAUUAAUCAUUUUGACUGCUAAUUCUGACUUUGCGUGUAAUAUAUUUAAGUUUAUGUUGAAAUUGACGUGCUAAAUCAAAACAAAAUAAAAUAAAAGGAAAAAUUACAGUUGACUUUUAUCAUUAUUUCAUAAUUCUAACAUAUAAUUAGGAAUUAGCAUCUCAUCACUUUAAUAAUGUUAAAAAAUUAUGUAAUACUAAGCCUUAAUUAUGAGAUGUCAAGCACUUUGACAAAAAAUUUGUAUUUUUUUUUUUAUUUUUUGUCAUUAUUAUUCUUCAAAGGCUUUCAUUAUUCUUAUAUGACAGAAAUGGGCUUCAAUAUAAAUGUGUCCUGGACAUCUUGUGAGAUUCACCCUAAUUUUCCUCUAGAUAUUUUCAAAUGUAGUUUUUUCCUUAUAAAAAGGAGCUGAUGUGAAGUUACUCAUUCAUACUAUAGAGAAACAAACACAAAAUCAUUCAAAAAGACAAAAUAACCAUCCUGUCUUGUAUUUUUCUAAGAAACAUUUGCAUGAGUAAAUAUUUAACAGCCAUCUUGUUUUUCUUUGUUUAAGAGACUUGCUGGCUUUAGCAAAGGUCGCAGAGGCAUCACACCCUUUUAUCAGCACAGAUUUAGAUCGUGUAACAUUCCAGUGCUGGUUUCAGUGUGACAAAACCAUUGUCUGCGACUCUAGAAAUAAUAAAAAAAGCUCUGCCUGUAGGGUCAGUGUUGUGGAAGCCUCGCUAUUGAUUUAUCCAGUAGAUGGUGAACACAUUGGCUUGUGUUGUGUAAUUAACCGCCAAUGAGAUGUCAACUUUACUGCCAUUUCCAUAUCACCAAUCUAUUCUAAAUAAAUGGGCUGGUUUUUCCAAGUAUUGCAUGUAAGUUUCCAAUGGUUCAGAACUAGAAACCUAUUGAUCUCAAAAUGCAGUUUAAUUUGUUGCAGUGUAAAAUUAUGCUCAAGGUCAAUGGCAGACAAAGGAAGUCUAUUUCAAUGGUGACUUAAAAAAAAGCUGCCACCCGAUGAAUGGUUUUCAGGAGGAAUUUUGGAGGAUGAUUUGGAUGCUGCAUGUUUCACAAACGGUGACUUCUGUAAUGCCUUUAAAUAUAAUUUUUGUUCCAUCAUAAUGAUCCGCCUCAUGUUAAAGAGAAGUAAUUUUAAGGUCAUAUUUAAUAAAUCUUGUUCUUUUAUUGGUCACACA